UGUGUCUUGAGCACAGUAAGCACAUCCUCUCUCUCUUGUGCACAUCUGCAGCACACCAAAAUGUGUGUUUCAUUGUGGAAUCACCGGACUGCUUCUAAAAUGCCCAUAAGAUGUGGUACAUGUCAGCUGCUUGUUUGAUAGUAAAACGCCACAGGUACGAGCAUGAUAACAUGAAUGUACAGUACAGUAAAUGAUCGAGUGCCUCCAUAAUGAAAGCUCUGUAAUACAUGCAAAAACCUCAUUUAAAUAAGGCGGUCUGCACCAGUUAUGAAUAGCAUGUGCAAUGUUAGUAGAUCACACGCGUUACGCCCACAAAUGGUACAUGCACAUUUAUAAAUUGCACACUGUUUAGCACAUGGUAUUUGGAUCUUAGUAGAUCAGGCCUUUAAAGUGUUUUUUUUGUUCUUAAGUUUGCUAUUUAGUGAGUAUUCCUAACUUAUUUUUCACAUUUUAGUGUUUGUUUAUUACAUUGGUUGGGUUAAUCUUUUAGUUGACCUUCAAUGUAUAGCAUGUGUAUAUUAAUGAAUUGUAGCAGUCACCAUAGCAGCGGGAUGUACUGGGGUUAGUGGUUUGACAGUAGUUUUUAUAUACUAUUAAUAUCGUAUUUGUCUGCAGGGGCUGAUUCAGGUGCUGUCAAGAUGGUGGCACCUGGCAGUAGAGACGCAAAGAACAUGCCGUGUUUAAGACCCACACGUUGCUGCCCACAGAAAUUCAAACUACGAUGAGAAAGUAGGAUGUAGGUGAAGAUAACAUGGCUCAUCCGCUUCUCCGAUAAACAGCAUUCUUCCUUCUGGGGAUCUUCCAAAGUCUUCACUUUCCAACAUGCGUCCGUCUCUUGCCACGGCAGUCCUUCCAGCCAGGACGCGUUCCCACAACGCCCCCAUUCUGGCCGUAGGGAGUCGUGAACAACUCUCAGCCCCUCGAAGGCGUAGUCCUAACCUCCGACACACCCUGAGCCCAGAAAACCUUCGAACACUGGCAGAAAGAGGAGGGUCUUGUGUCGACAGUGUGUCUAUGAUCAGCGGUCCCAUUGGACUUUCACGUGCCAAUAGCGACACAGAUCUGAUUAGCUCUCAGAGCAGGUCCUCACUGACGGCAUCCACUCUGGAGUACACUUUGAACCGUGGCCAGAACCUCGUCAUAUCCUGGGAUAUCAAGGAGGAAGUGGACGCUACAGACUGGAUUGGACUGUACCAUAUUGAUGAAAUCAGUCCAUCCAACGUGUGGGACUGCAAGAACCGAGGCGUGAAUGGGACUCAGAAAGGUCAGAUAGUGUGGCGACUGGAGGCGGGGCCUUACUUCAUGGAUCCCGAGACGAAGAUCUGCUUCAAGUAUUACCAUGGAGCGAGUGGAGCCCUGCGAGCCACAACCCCCUGCAUCACGGUGAAGAACACAGCUGUCCUGGUGGAGUGUCUUUCAGAGCAGGUGGGGGUUGAACAUCCUCGGAAACUGAUAAGCUUCACUUUGACAGAUCUGCGGGCCAACAGCCUAAAAAAAGGUAUGUUUUUUCAUCCGGAUCCAUAUCUAAAGAUGUCCAUCCAUCCUGGCAAAAGGAGCGUCUUCCCCGUCUUCAGCCAUCACGGACAAGAACGCCGAUCAGCCAUCAUCGCAAACACCAUCAACCCAGUUUGGCUUGGAGAGAAAUACACCUUUGUAGCACUAAUGACGGACAUUUUGUACAUCGAAGUCAAGGACAAGUUUGCCAAAAGUCGACCAAUCAUCAAACGCUUUCUUGGUCAGCUAACAAUCCCUGUACAGCGCCUGAUCGAAAAGAUACCUGGAGUCCAGCCUGUGAGUUUCUCUUUGUGCCGCCGCCUCCCUACGGAACACGUGAGCGGAAAUUUGCAGUUCAAGGUGGAGCUGACAUCUACUGGUGCUGAUGAUGCUAUCGUUGGCCUUUCGAGCUUUAAUGGAGCUCCAGGGACUCCAUCAGAUGAUGAGGAUCUGCCUCAUCACUUUCCAGGAAUGCUCUCAGCAGGCCCCUCCCCCACUGAGUCCCAGGACUCCCAAUGUGUUUGGGAUGGCGGGGCCUCAGCAUACCCAGAAAAGGAUCUUCCUCUUGUCGGAUCUGAAGCUAGAUUUUUGGAGGAACGUGAGUUGCUUCAUAGGUCACUCAGUGAGGGCCUGGACGCUAUUGAGGUCCGCAAACGUCCAGGAGAAAGGCCCUUCGGUGCCGCCUCUCCCAAACUAUGUUCAAGCUUCCCCACACAUUCGCGGCUUAGCGCGAUGUUACACAUUGAUUCCGACGAGGACGAAGACAGGUCCGGGGCAAAUGAAACACUUCCAAUACCGCCCUCCCCGUUGUUGUUAAAUGGAGUUCCUCAAGAUGUUACUGGUCCUGAUGAAGAUGAGACGCAGUCUGGAGAAGAGGAGCCUGAGCGUCUUGAAGAUGUAACCUCCGAGGCCCGGGUGGCUCAUGAGGUGGAAGCAGGUCUGAACCAGGAUGAUGUUAUGGACCUAGAUGUCUUCCCCGAGGUGGAAGAAGCUCGAUUCUCAGAGGCUGUUUCCCAUAAUACCUUACCAGAGGGGGCAGAGGAACCCGCUGAAGAACUUUCUUCAGAGAUGGACACCUGCUCCAUGGCAACAGCACCUCAGACGGCCAUCUCCUCCUCAGACAGCUGUCCUGUCACCUUGACUGUCGGUGUGGAAGCAGAGGAAGUUCCAGACCCCGUCAUGGAUUCCGGAGAAAAUAUGAUUUGUGGUAAUGCAGACAAUGAAGGCCGUGGACAGGGAGAAACGGCCUCAGCUUCAGACCAGGAUAACUUUCUGGAGAUAAGUGUGAGGAAGCUGAGCCUCCAGGAAAACCAAGACGAAGAUGACUCAAAGCCACAUGAGGAGAUGGUUACCAUAGAAACAGAUGUAGAGGAAGGUUCUCCUGUUAAUGGUCAUCCUGUUAGGUCCCUUCCAUCUGUUCGACAAGACAUUCACCGCUAUCAGCGUGUGGACGAGCCUCUUCCACCCAACUGGGAGGCUCGAAUUGACAGUCAUGGAAGAAUUUUUUUUGUUGACCAUGUGAACAGAACCACCACAUGGCAGCGACCCACUGAACCUCCUGCACAACAGGGCCUGACCCGGUCUAACUCUAUUCAGCAAAUGGAACAACUCAACCGCAGAUAUCAGAGCAUCAGGAGAACUAUUACCAGCAGUGAGAGAACAGAGGACAGCUCAGCUGAUCUGCUUCUUGAACCAGAGCCUGAUUUGAUGCUUCAUUCCAUUUCUGAAUACCGACGAGAGAGUGCAGUCAGUCAUUCAAGUGGUCGUCUUUCUCUGCUGCUCCAGUCUCCCAGCGCCAAGUUCCUGUGCAGCCCAGAUUUCUUUACUGUGCUGCAUUCUAACCCUAGUGCCUACCGUAUGUUUACAAGCAACACCUGUCUGAAGCAUAUGAUCAGUAAGGUGCGGCGAGAUGCUCAUUACUUUGAGCGCUACCAGCACAACCGUGACCUGGUGACCUUCCUCAACAUGUUUUCCAACAAACAGUUGGAGCUUCCCCGCGGUUGGGAAAUGAAACAUGACCAUACCGGGAAGCCCUUCUUUGUGGAUCACAAUUGUCGCUCAACGACCUUCAUUGACCCACGGCUUCCUCUUCAGAGUUCUCGCUCCACCGGCCUGUUGGCCCACCGCCAGCACCUAAGCCGCCAGCGCAGCCACAGCGCCGGAGAGGUGACUGAUGACUCUCGACAAAGCAAUACACCCAUGAUGCCACGACCAUCCAGUACCUUCAGCGGUUCCAGUCGAAGCCAGUACCCGGAUGUGGUGCCUGUGGCGUACAAUGAUAAGAUUGUGGCUUUUCUACGACAAGCGAACAUAUACGAGAUCCUGCAGGAACGACAACCAGAACUUCCCAGGAACAGUUCUCUCAAAGAGAAGGUACAGUUUAUUCGCAGUGAGGGAGCCAGUGGGCUUGCACGCCUCUCUGGGGAUGCUGACCUCGUCAUGCUGCUGAGUUUAUUUGAAGAGGAGGUGAUGUCAUAUGUGCCACCUCUGCUGCACCCAAACUACUGCCUCUCCUCCUCUCCCCAAAACUCUCCUGGCACCCAACGAGCAAACGCGAGAGCUCCUGCUCCCUACAAACGAGACUUUGAGGCCAAACUGAGAAACUUCUAUCGGAAGCUGGAGACUAAAGGAUAUGGACAAGGACCUGGAAAAGUAAAGCUGGUGAUACGUAGAGACCAUCUUCUAGAAGAUGCCUUCAACCAAAUCAUGUGUUACUCUCGCAAAGAUCUACAAAGGAGCAAACUUUACGUCAGCUUUGUAGGAGAAGAUGGGUUAGACUACAGUGGUCCAUCCAGAGAGUUUUUCUUUCUUGUGUCCAGAGAGCUUUUUAAUCCCUACUAUGGCUUGUUUGAAUAUUCAGCGAACGACACGUACACGGUGCAGAUGAGCCCCAUGUCUGCCUUUGUAGAUAACCACCAUGAAUGGUUUCGUUUUAGCGGGCGUAUCCUGGGACUGGCUCUGGUCCAUCAGUAUCUGCUGGAUGCCUUCUUUACCCGACCUUUCUACAAGGGUCUGUUACGCAUAUCAUGUGACCUAAGUGAUCUGGAGUUCCUGGAUGAAGAGUUCCACCAAAGUCUACAGUGGAUGAAGGAUAACGACAUCGAGGACAUGCUGGACCUGACCUUCACUGUCAACGAGGAGGUCUUUGGACAGAUCACAGAGCGAGAGCUCAAGCCGGGUGGGGCGAGUAUUCCUGUGUCGGAGAAGAACAAGAAGGAGUACAUCGAGUGUAUGGUCAAGUGGCGCAUUGAGAGGGGCGUGGCUCAGCAGACCGAGAGUCUGGUUCGGGGCUUCUAUGAGGUGGUGGAUGUGCGGCUAGUGUCUGUGUUCGAUGCCAGGGAGUUGGAGCUGGUGAUGGCUGGAACUGCAGAAAUUGACCUGACAGACUGGAGGAACAACACGGAGUACAGAGGAGGUUACCAUGACGACCACAUCGUGAUUCGCUGGUUCUGGUCAGCAGUGGAAAGGUUCAACAAUGAACAAAAACUCAGACUGCUGCAGUUUGUGACAGGUACGUCAAGUAUUCCCUACGAGGGCUUUGCCUCGCUGCGAGGAAGUAACGGACCCCGCAGAUUCUGUGUGGAGAAGUGGGGCAAAAUCACCUCCUUACCAAGAGCUCACACAUGCUUCAAUCGUCUGGACCUGCCAGCAUACGCAUCCUUCUCGAUGCUGUACGAAAAGAUGGUGACUGCAGUGGAGGAGACCAGCACAUUUGGUUUGGAGUGAAGGCAAAAGGUUGUCUUUAGCAGGACACGUGGACAACAACAGUCCUGAACACAGUGGAUCAUUCUGGAACACUUUUUGAAAAAGAACCAAAAAGAUGAAAAUGUUUUCACUCAGCCUUCAGUGAACUGCCUUCUUCACUCUUCUCCACGUCCUCCUUGUGCACCUUAGAGAGCCAAUGUUCUCCAUUCUCCUCUCUGGACCUCAAAACUGUGUCUGCUCAAUCCCAGAAGCUCACAAAACUUCCCGUCGCAGUCGGAUGAUUGACAGCUUGAAGAAUGUCAGGAAACAUAUUUCAUGUACUCGUUGACACAGAAGACGCACAUCAUCAUGCCAGCUUCAAGAUAAGCUCAGAUACUAUGAUCGCUGUGGAGUGUGAAACACAACUUGAAAACACCAGAUCAAACAUUAACGUACUUUAAGAAAUAAUUGAAUGAAUAAACAUAAACAUAAAAAAUAAGCGAAUGAAUAAAUCACAACUUGAGCACAUCGCCCAAACAUGAACAUAUGUGAAUGAAUGAAUCACAACGUAAACACACCUGCUCAUAUGUGAAUGAAUGAAAUAGGUGAAUCACAAGUGAUGCAUAAGCGAUGAUGUGUAAAUAUAUAUAUAUAUAUAUAUAUAUAUAUAUAUAUAUAU